AUGGAUAAAGGAAAGAAUAAAAAACAGAAUGCAAUUCAAAAGAAAAAAAAAGUAGCUAAAAAAGUAGUGAAAAAAGCAAUAAGGAAGAAGAACACUCCUAAAAAAAAACUCCAGGCAGUUCGAUUAUAUGAAAAGGGAGUUAUCUUAGGAUAUAAAAGGUCACAAAGGAACCAACACCCCAAUUUCACUUUAGUAUCCAUACGAAAUGUUCAUACAAAAAAGGAUGCACAAUUCUACGUGGGAAAGCGUAUCGCGUAUGUGUAUAGGACGAACAAACAUCACAAUGGAGUGAAAAUUAAAUGCAUAUGGGGAAAAGUUUGUAGAACGCAUGGAAACAGUGGGGUAAUACGAGCAAGGUUCAAAACCCAUAUCCCUCCCAAGGCAUUUGGAGAUAGAGUUAGAAUACUCAUGUACCCAUCAAAUAUUUAA